UGAACAUGAUGGAAUUGAUCACCAACAGAAUGCAGCAGUAUCGCCUGCGCAGUGUGUAAAUAAUAACAACACACUUUAUACUCAAAACCCAAAAAAUAUUUAAAUAAUUUAAAAAUAAAUGGACAAUUAAUUCACAUAUUUAAAGUAAUUUCUAUCUGUUAACCUAUAAAUUACACUAAUUUAUUUUAUUAAAGUAUUGAAAACAAAUGUUAUUUAGUAACUCUUAAAUAUUUUUGAAGGUUAUAAUUUUACCAUGUUCACAAGAAACACCGUCACUAUUAAUUUAAUAAAUUAUCAAAAAAAUAUAUUAUUAUUUAUAAAGAUUUACAAAUAUUUCUAGCAAAUUAUUAAAUUUUUCAUAUAUUAUUUAAUCAAGUGAAUAACGAUAAUUUAUUUAUUACUGCCAACAUCUGCUACAUUAACCUCAAUGUAAUGAAUAAAUAAAUAUUAUGAACAGAAAACAUUUGGAUGAUGAUUUUACAUCAAAUAACCUUGUUAAUUUUAAUAAUCAUAAAAAAUGGAUUUGGAGAUGAUGAUAUAUUAUUGUCAGACAAUAUUCUAAAAAAGUUUACCAAUACAACUGAAAAUACAUCAUCAGUGAAGAUACAAUUCACAUCAAGAAUAGUUAAAAAUGAAUACAUUGUUGUAUUUAAAGGUUAUUAUAAACUUCAGACUCGAUUAAAUUACAUUGGUGCUGCUCUUAAUUCAUCAGGAGUUAACAAAUGGCGAGUUUUAUCCCGUGAUAAUCCUGCUAGUGAUUUUCCAAGUGAUUUUGAUGUUGUAGUUUUAGAAGAAACUGAUAAAUCAAAUGGUCUUGAUGCUAUUACUGAUCAUCCUCUAGUUAAACGAGUCACACCACAAAGAUUAGUUCAUAGAAGUUUAAACUAUAUAAAUAUAAGUAAAAGUGAUAAAAUAGAAGAAGAUACUGAUGAAUUGCCAGAAUAUAAAAAUUUUAAACGUAAAAUAAAUGCUUUAAAAAAUAAUGAAGCAUCAUCAUCAAAUAGUCGUCAUAAUACAAGAAAAUUAUUGAGAGCUAUUCCCAAAAAAAUAACAUCAGUUUUACAAGUUGAUACACUAUGGAGGAUGGGUUUGACUGGUCAGAAUGUCAAGGUGGCAGUGUUUGACACUGGUUUAGCAUCUCAACAUCCACAUUUAAAGAACAUCAAAGAAAGAACAAACUGGACUAAUGAAAAAACUCUUGCUGAUACUCUAGGACAUGGUACAUUUGUAGCAGGAGUCAUAGCAUCAACAUUUAGUGAAUGUUUAGGUCUUGCUCCUGAUGCAGAAUUACAUAUAUUUCGAGUAUUUACUAACGAACAAGUGUCAUAUACAUCCUGGUUUCUUGAUGCUUUUAAUUAUGCUAUACUAUCAAAGAUUACUGUAUUAAAUCUUAGCAUUGGUGGUCCAGAUUUCAUGGAUCAUCCAUUUGUUGAUAAAGUCUGGGAGCUUACAGCUAACGGAGUCAUUAUGGUGAGUGCAAUAGGCAAUGAUGGACCUUUAUAUGGUACUCAUAACAAUCCUGCUGAUCAAAUGGAUGUGAUUGGCGUUGGUGGAAUUAACUGGGCUGAUAAAAUAGCAAGUUUUUCAUCUCGUGGUAUGACAACGUGGGAGUUACCAGCUGGAUAUGGACGAGUUAAGCCUGAUUUAGUUACUUAUGGAUCAGAAGUUCGUGCAAGUUCUUUGGAAUAUGGAUGUAGAACACUUUCAGGUACUUCAGUAGCUAGCCCUGUGGUUGCUGGUGCUGUAGCACUAUUAUCAAGUGGUUUUAUUAAUAACAAUAAAAAAAAUCAAAUAACACCAGCUAGUAUGAAACAAGCAUUGCUAAAUUCAGCUGAACGUCUCCCAGGUAUUGGAAUGUUUGAACAAGGUGCUGGAAAAUUAGAUCUCCUAAGAGCUUUUUAUUAUUUAAAAUCAUAUACCCCAACUGUGACAUUAAGUCCAAGUUAUAUUGACUUCACUGAAUGCCAAUACAUGUGGCCUUACUGUACUCAAGCUCUUUAUCAUUCUGCUAUGCCAGUAGUUAUCAAUGUUACGAUCAUCAAUGGCUUAGGAGUAUCAGGACAUGUGUCGAAUAUAACUUGGCAUCCUUAUUUAAAUCAAGGGAAUGGUGAUAAGAUAGAUGUCUCAUUGACUUAUAGUGAUGUUUUAUGGCCAUGGUCUGGAUACGUUGCUGUAUCUUUAACAGUACCUAAUUCUGCUAUUGACUUUCAAGGUAUUGCUUAUGGUCAUAUCACUCUAACUGUUCAAUCUCCUCCUGGUGAUGGUGAAUUAGAACCUAGAGAAGCCACAGUCAAUCUGCCGUUGAAAAUAAAAAUCAUACCAACACCACCUAGACAUAAGAGAUUACUUUGGGACCAAUUUCAUAAUUUACGAUAUCCACCAGGAUAUUUUCCUCGCGAUGAUUUACGAGCUAAGAAUGAUCCAUUAGACUGGAAUGGUGAUCAUAUUCAUACUAAUUUUAAAGCAAUGUAUCAACAUCUACGGAAUUCUGGAUAUUAUUUAGAAGUCUUAGGCCUCCCUUUCACUUGUUUUGAUGCUAAACUCUAUGGAACUCUUCUAAUUGUCGACUCAGAAGAGGAAUUUUUUCCAGAAGAAAUAGAAAAGCUUAAAAAAGAUGUUGAAGAAGAAGGUUUAUCUGUUAUAAUAUUUGCUGAUUGGUACAACGUCACUGUUAUGCAGAAAGUGAAGUUUUAUGAUGAAAAUACUCGACAAUGGUGGAUUCCUGAUACCGGUGGUGCUAAUAUUCCAGCUUUAAAUGAUCUACUCUUCAAUAAUUGGGGUAUCGCAUUUGGAGACUCUGUUAGAGAUGGACAGUUUCAUUUAGGCCAACAUUCACCAAUUAAUUUCGCAUCUGGGACAACAAUUGCUAGAUUUCCUACCAAUGGAAUGGUUCUGUCUGUUAAAUUGAAAGAUCAAGGUGAAGAUUUAUUGAUUGGCAGAACUUUGGAAUCAACUUCUUUAGUUCCAAUACUUGGAUUAUAUCAAGUUGAAAAUACUCGAGGGAAACUUAAAGUAGCCAAUGAGCCUGGUAAUGAUACAAAUGAACAUUUAACAUUGUUAUCAGAAAAACAAGAUCAGAUAAGUGAUAAUGUUAUUGAUAAAAAUAAUCAAAAGAAUCCAAAUUUUAAUCAAGAUCAAAUCAAUUCUAAUAAUAAUAAUAAAAAAUCCGGAGGAAAAUUAGUUGUCUAUGGUGAUUCGAAUUGUAUUGAUGAUAGUAAUCAUAGGAAACCAUCAUGUUUUUGGAUGUUAGAUGCAAUUCUUGAAUACACGGCAACAGGUCACAUUCCUUCGAUAUUUAUGGAUGACAACCUUCAUCAUCUAGGCCAUAAAUCAGAAAUAAUAUCAGAGAAACUCGAAAUUGGCAUAUUACCGGAAAGGAUGGAAGGGAAUCAUUUGUAUAGACACAGUAAAGUGUUGAAGAAUGAUAAUAUCGAUAAUAAAGCUAUUCAGUCACUUCCAACUUGUCCAGUACUUAAUUAUGCCAUUUCUCAACCACUCAACGAGUCAAUUCCAAUAAAUUUAUAUAAAGCUCAAAAGUUAAUGUCAGUUGAUGAACAAUUUGGAGUUGUGGAAAUGGUACCAUUGCAACCAGAGUCUGAUUCUACAUGGCUUCGAAGACGUGGUGGUGUUAUUGGUGGAUCAUACAACACACUACCGAUGAAUAAUAAAUUUGAAAUAUCCACCGACAAUCAACAAUAUAUUCUUGAUGAUUUAAGUCACAAUCAAUGGAUUCAUAUCAAUCAUUGGAGUUAUAAAUUGAUUGCAAUAGUUGUCGGUAGUAUACUACUGCUUUACUUAGCUAAACGAUGUAUUAUAUGUGCAGUAAAACGUCCAUUAAGAAGAAAACGAGUAAUCGGUAAACUUCGACGGGCUAUUCAAGCAAUAACAGUCCAUCGAGUGCCUUAACUAAUGUAGAUUUUACAGUUAAAAUUAAGACGAUAUCAAUACAAUAUUGAUGUCUAAGAUAUUUCCAUUAUCUUUUAUCCUGCUAAAGCUGGAAUGAUCUCUUAGACAAUUACCAAAAUAAACUUUUUUUUCUACUACAUAAAA